UGGUCAUAUGAUCACGUGGUCCAAAAGCUUAUCAUCCGUUGGAUGGUAAAUUGAACAAAUAAGCACCCCUGUUCCGGCCAUUCCCAGCUCAGCGAUUCUUCUUGAGGUUUCAUUAAUUAAUUAAUUAGUUUGGGGGUUGAAAGUUGCGUUUACCUCGCCAAAUGCCUGCAGUUUACAGUCUUUACAUCAUCAAUAAAUCUGGCGGUCUCAUCUACCACAAGGACUAUGGCUCUGCGGGACGUAUGGAUACAAAUGACAGCUUGAGAUUAGCUAGUCUGUGGCACUCCAUGCAUGCAAUUUCUCAGCAGUUAUCGCCUGUUGCAGGAUGCACUGGGAUUGAACUUCUUGAGGCAGAUACGUUUGAUCUCCAUUGUUUCCAAUCUCUAACAGGGACAAAGUUUUUCGUGGUUGCUGCGCCUGGAACGCAAAAUAUGGAGAGCCUAUUAAAGCAUAUCUACGAACUAUACACUGACUAUGUUUUGAAAAAUCCUUUUUAUGAAAUGGAGAUGCCUAUUAGGUGCGAGCUCUUUGAUAUCAACUUGACACAGGCAAUUCAAAAUGACCGUUUUGCAUUGCUUGGACGAUAAGUGCUAUGCUGUUUUCUAAAGACUAAUUUGGGUAUCUAGUGCAAAAUUAUGGUAUAUUUCUGUGGGACAAAACAUUCUGUUGUUUGUUGGCAUCUCUGUAUCCCUUUUCUUUUGACCGUAUUCCGAAUGCAGGAUCCUUCAAUAUAUAUAUAUAUAUUUCAUAUUAGAGGUAUUUAAAGAAAUUUACAUGAGUUAUCCUGACUUGUAAUGAAAUUCUGUUUUCUUCUGUGAUGCUUCAUCUUUGUUACUAAUGUAUACGUUAUUAAUUUAUC